CGUUCGUUUAUUUUAUUUUACAUAGCGUUUAAGAGAUAUGUGCCGUUUCUUGUCGUCGUCGUCGUCGUCGUCGUCGUCGUCGUCGUCGUCGUCGUUGUCGUUGUCGUUGUUGUUGUCGUUCCAUUGGUAAUAAAAGCGAUCGCGCUCAUAACGCCUUCGUUUGAAGAAGAUAGAGAUAGAGAAAGAAAGAGAGAGAGAGAGAGAGAGAGAGAGAGAGAUAGAAAGAGAGGUCUCGGUUGUUGGCGCUGUGAGCGCCACUGCGCGGUGCCGUCGUGUAUGCCGCCCGCCAAGUGUUUCUCGCGUUUCUCUCGUGCUGCGAUCGGGAAAGUGUACGCCACCGAUUUACGUGUACGAAGUUAUCGUCGUCGUCGUCUUCGCGCGAUAAUACACAUGAUAGAAAAAGAAAAGAAAAUAAACGGAUAGAAACAAAAGAAGAAUAAAGGAAAAAGGGUAGCGCUCUUCUCGCGAAAGGUGAAUUCGGUCGGCUUUAGUCUCUUUUGUCACUCGGCAAAUUUCGGCACGCGACCGAAAGCUUCCGAGCAGCGCCACACGGUGGAGAGAGAGAGGAAAUACAGCUCGGUGCAGGAUAGAAAGAGAGAAUAGGAAGAGUCAAUCACCGAUUGUGUUGAGUGAGAUACAGACAAAAAGAGAGAAAGAGAAGAACCAAAAACGGAAAUCCCGUAGGAAAUUAAACACCGUACGUUAGAGAAAGAGAGAUAGAGGGAGAGAGAAGGAGAGAGAGAAAGAGAGAGAGGAACUCUUUCGAUACUCGUGAUAAAUGCGUAAUCUAUCCCCUCUAUCCUUACUUCUCCUCUUCCUCCUCGUAUAGAACCGGAAGAGAGGGAGUGAGCGAGUGAGAGGAGAGGAGUCGGCGCCGUGAAGAGGGAGUAGCCGAUGUCGUGACUUAAAUAUCGAUUUUGGCACGGACGAGCGCCGAUAGCCCGUUUACAUCGUACCCUUCCGUCUCUUCGUUUAUCAUCUUCGUUACCGACAAGUUUUUGACGGACGCGCGCGCGACGGAUUUCCAUUGCGUCUGAAAGAGAAAGAGAGAAAGAAAAGUACGAGAAAGAAGAAAGGAAUAAAAUGACACGCGACGUUCAUCCCUCUCGACACGAGCAACGGCGAAAAGCGUGACAAUACACGAAACUAGAAAAUAAUUCGAAUAAUUUGAAUUUUAUCCUUUGAUCGGUUUAUCAUAGACGCACGAUAUAGUAUAAACAUAUACAUAUAUAAAUAACACUUGAUAGUAUUAAUAGUAAUAAUAAUAUAAUAUCGUUCGCGUUCAUCGACGCGACUGAAAAUGCAGCUUUCGUAUCGUCACGUGCGUUCGAUCUACUACUACCUUAAGGAAAGCACGCAACGUGGUGUGCUGCACGGUGAAAAAUCGUCGAGUAACAACGAGGAGAGUACUACUUAUAUGUCUACGAGUAGCGUCGUCUUGAAGCUCGUCGAAGGACAAGUCCGUCUUUCUCGUUCGUCGUCCUAAGUUUCUUUUCUUAACAAUAGAGGAGUACUCUCGUACCGACUGCUGCGGCGAUACGACAGUAGUAGUAGUAGUAGUACACACGGUGGCGGCCAUUGAUUCUUCUCGACGAGUCUCGCGAAACGUCGUCGAUCUUCGUUUGUUCGUCGACUCGACGUUGUCGUCAUCGUCGUCGUCGUCGUCGUCGUCGUCGUCGUCGUCGUCAGAGUCGGUCGGUCGGUCGUUUGGUCUCGACCGACCUGAAUAGAAACGCGAGUAUUAUAAACGAGAAUUGGCGAUAAAUCUCUAAUCGUAAAUCGAAGUACGCGCGUCGUACGAUGUUCACAGUGAGACCGCGAACGCGUACAUCGUUCUUCCGUCGAUAAAAACGCGAUAUUAUUUCGAGUGAACGCUUGCUUGCAACGGCAGCGCCGCCGGCAGCCACAGCAGCAGCGGCGACGACAGCAAGCAACGUCGUAUCGCUAGUAGCAGCAGCAGCAGCGAUAUUCAUGUGUUCUUUUGGUGGCAGAAACGAGGCGCGUUAUCAUCCACACGUUAAUCCGUACAUCUUCAUCGAGAUUAGAACAAGGAAAGAUACGAUAAGGAGGAGUAGAAGCAACCACGGAAAGAAGGAUUUCGUGGUUUCGAUGACGAACUUUCGAAGAGAAUAAUAUAACUCUACACGACGGACGAUCGGCGAUCGUAUCGUUCGUUGUCGUCGAUAACAGAAAACGAUGACGUCAUGGUGCUCCAUCGCCGAUUGAAACGCCCGUGAAUAACGAAGGAACGUCGUUGAGGCCGGACAGGACCAACUACACGGCGGCGGCGGCAAAGCUAGAACAACAACGACGACGAAAGGAUCAACGAUAGGAAUAAAGAAUGGUUUCGAGAUAUGGCGUCUCGAAGGAGGGCGCAGUGGACGUCGCCGUGGGAGUAGGACCUAUGCAUUGUUUAAUAGGAGGGCCGCAUCAUCAUCAUCAUUUAUCGGCUCCUCAUCCACAAAAUCCUCAACCGGGUCAUAAUCACCACGUGCAUCAUGCCGCUCAUCCGCCACCACCAUCGCCAAGUCCUCAUUUGAAUCACCAGCUGAGCCAUCAUCAAUUGACCGUCAACAUCAACCAUCUCGGACAUCAACUCGCUCAACAUCAACAAGCCCCACCACAGUAUCGUGUUGUUACAGCUAACACUAGAUCUGAAUUUCAUGUUCCAACUCAGAACUACGGCGCCCAGCCAGGGGGGCAGGUGGGCGGGGGAGGGGGGAGUGUAGGUGUACCCGGGGGUAGAGGACCUCCACCACUUGGCGGCAUACCAACGAUAGGACAAUCUACAGCAGGUAUACCACCAGGAGGUCCAGCUGGUGGGCAAGCUCCUCCACAAGCACAAGCACCCGGUGUACAAACUCAGCAGACUCAAGGUCCGGCACCAACAACGACACCUCCAGUUCAUACUCCCUCGCCUCAGGAAAUGGGAAAACAACCACAUCUACAAGCACAUAGUUAUUAUCCAGCUGCUCCGAGGCCUCAGCAGCCAAGAAAUCUAAAUCAUAGAGGUGGACAAGGGGGUAGUGGUAAUCAAGUGGUAGGCAUGCCAGGGGUAGGUGGAGGUGGCGGGCAACCACCUGUCAUGUAUACAACUGGCUUGACAGGUCAACCGGGGACAGUAUUUGUCCCUAGUCAUGUUGCUGGAAUUCCAACUGGACCCCAUCAACAAUCUGUAUAUCAUAUGAAUAAUCAGCUUAUUCAAUUUUCCAGUGCACCUCAACGACAUCAAGCUCAAAAUCAAUCCUUUUAUCCCCCAUAUCAACCGCAUGCCCUUUUAACACAAAAUAUUUAUCCAUACCAGCCUGGCCCAACGCCUCAACCUGGCUUUUUUUAUACAUCGCCCACUGCACCAUUAAGUUUAAAUAGGUCAAGUGCAACUGCUGUUAGUGGUGGGGCUCAACAUGUUGGAGGAGCACUGGGUGGUGCCCAAGGAGCUACAAUGGUACCACAAGGUACUCUUCAACAACCUACGCAACAACCUCAGCCUCUACCCCAAAUAGAUGUGUAUUCGGGUUAUAAUGGCGGAGGUACAACAGGAACAAGUAGUUCAAUUAGAUCCAAAAGGCCAAGAGGAGAAAAGGCCAUAACAGAUAUCGUUAAUCCUAGUACGGGUAAAAAUAUAAGUCAUGAAAUAUAUGACGAUGAUGCAACUGUCGAAAGUACAGAAUCUAGUAAUCGUGAAACGCCUCAAUUACAGAAUAGUAGCGGUGCAGAGGUGGUGGCCGAUUUUGCGGCACGCGUUGCUAAAGCCGCAACCGAGAGUUCGGAUUCCGGCUCACCGGUGCCGGCCGUUACCGCGCCAGAAACAACUUUCGUGUCGCAAAUCACGACACCAAGUUUAUCGAAUAUUCAAACAAAUUCUAACGAUAUAAACAAUCAGUGCAACAACAACGGUUUGGCCACACCGACGCAAAAUAUAAGCAAGGUGCACGCGUUGUGUAGUCAAUCGUUAGAUACGUCUAAUAAUGUUACUCAAAUUGAGAUAAUUCCUACUCCGUCGGCACCAUGUCCAACGCCAUCGGCCGCACCCUCAUCCGUUUCAUCCUCUACGCCUUUGGCCACUGUUUCCUCGUCUGCUUCCAUUUCCUCUCCCUCCUCUUGCGCGAUUAAAUCGGCAGUGGAGUCUAAACCAUUGCAACUUCUCGCAAAAGAGUUUCAUCCUAGAGGAGAGAAAAAGACUGUAAGCAGCAGCGAGGAAACUGUAGCUGUAGUCAAUGUUGAUACUAUUCCUACACAGCCUGUCACUACGUUGGCUACUGCUACGCCCGUAGUCGAACAAGAAACGAAGAAUACCACGAGUCCUUCCUCGGUUAAUGUUCAGACGCCAUCGGCGGCUCCACAACAUCAUCAACAACAUCACCACCAUCAACAGCAGCAGCAGCAGCAACAGCAGCAACAGCAACAGCAACAACAGCAGCAGCAGCAGCAACAACAACAACAACAACAACAACAACACCACCAUCACCACCAGCAACAACAACUACCACCGCCAACACAUCAACCGCAACAACAACAUUCUGCCCCAAAUGUGACUGUGCCAGAGGUCAGCAAACCGUCCUCUACUGCACCCAGUGUUAAUCCCACUCUUGUGAGAGAACCAUUUUCCAAUCUUUCGAGCAAAACGACGUCCUCGAAUUCUCCACCGAGGAGGAAAUCUCAAUCACAUCAUGGCCAAUCCAAUAACCCUAUCACCGAGCAGCUAUCUUCAAAUACCAGAGAACAAAAGGAUAAAAAGAGAGAGAAAAGCGUUAGUUCCAGAGGUGCGACCCCAGCACCAGCACAUAAUCAACCUGAUCAUCAUCAUCAUCACCAUCAAAAAACGAACGGUGAUGCUAGUGGAGAUAAAACUGAACAGGAACCCGUUGUAACUGCGAGGAACGAACUUUUGCAACAUAAACAAAAUGAUGGUAAAGCCAUGCAAAAGCAAAAGAGCAAAAAUAAGCUCAAACCUCGCGAGCUUAAUCGAAAAGGAGCUGAAAAAGAAGGCACAGAUAUGGAUGCAUUUGUCAAUACAGUUCCAAUUAAUAAACCAGAAGUGAAACAAGUAGAUAAUAAAGAAACUAUACCGAUAAAAGAAAACAAGGAGCAACCUGCUAGAGAAAUGACAAAAGAAAUUAAAGAAAAAGACAAUUAUGAGUCUUUUAAAGAAAAGGAAACGGCAAUCGCUGUCCAUCCCAAAGUGGAGAAACAUGUGAUUCCAGAUAUAGUUAAGGAAAGUGAUCCUGUUCAAACUCCUAUUAUUGAGAAAUUAAAAAGUGAAAAGGAGAUAACUAAGGAAGUGUCUUCAAAGAUAGAAGACAAUUCCCAAAUUUUAAAAUCUCAAAAUACGUGUAGUAAUGCCCAAAUGAAGUCAGUUCCUAAUGAUGUUGUUGAUCAUGCGAUUGUUAAGGAGGAUAUUGAUUUAGAAACAAUAGUAGCGCAGAAGAACGAAGAAAAUAUGAAAAUUUCUGCGUUUCAAGCAUCUAGCGAAGAAAAGAUUCUACCUGUGCCAACAGUGGAAAAAUCAAACGAACAGAGUGAACCUCAAUCCCCAACAACGGACAUUGUUGUAUCAAAAAGUUCUAUACCACUAAAGUAUACAUAUAAGGAUGAUCAAUGGAGUCCGAUAAAUAAGAGUGGUAAAAAAGUUUACGAUCGUGAAUUUUUAAUACGACUUCAAGAUGAUCCAAAUAGUAAAAUUAAACCGAAUAAUCUACCGGAUUUAGAAGUUGUUCUGAAAGAUAAUACAAAGAUUCGCAGUACAAUGGAUUUUAGAUCAUUUAAAGACACAAGCAUAAGUAGGCCAGAAUCGUUAUUCCCUGGAUUUGUCAAAUCAGGACUUGCACGUGGUGUGCCACCUACAAAUCGGAAGAGUCAUCCUUCAGGGAAAUCAAAGCCAACUAAACCAAAUGUUAUUCAUGUCUCUCUAUCUCUUAGAGAAGAUGUAAAAUUGAGAGAGACAGAGAAUGCAUGGCGCCCUACUAGAAUGAAGCAACUCGAUUUAAGCGAGGAAGAUGCUAAAACGGAAGCGCUGUACAAGCGUGUUCGUAGUGUUCUAAAUAAGCUUACACCACAGAAAUUUAAUACAUUAAUUGAUCAAGUUAGAUCAUUAACAAUUGAUACACAAGAAAGACUACAAGGUGUAAUCAACUUAGUCUUUGAAAAGGCUGUUGAUGAACCUAGUUUUUCAGUUGCAUACGCAUUAAUGUGUAAAGAACUUGCUAUGAUGGAGGCAUCUGGCGGUGAUAAAAGUGGAGGAAAGCAAGCAGAAAGUUCUGUUACUUUUAGAAAACUGAUUAUCAGCCGAUGCCAAAAAGAAUUUGAAAAGAAUCCAAUUGAUGAAGUUUCGAGAGCAAGUAAAAUUAAAGAAAUAGAAGAAUGUAACGAUCCUGAAAAGAAAAAGGAUUUACAGUUACAACUUGAAGAGGAGGAACGUAGGAUACGUAUCAAAUCUGUAGGAAAUAUUCGAUUUAUCGGUGAACUUUAUAAGCAAGGAAUGUUAACAACUGGCAUUAUGCAUCGUUGCAUAAAUCAUUUAUUAGAUCAAAAUGACGAAGAUAGUCUUGAAUGUUUAUGUAAACUACUAACAACCGUUGGAAAAGAUUUAGAAUCCAAGGGGAAAUCUGAGGAAAUGCAAGAAUAUUUUAGCAAGAUGCAAGAUAUUGUUGGUCGUCGUGGACAUGGUAAAAUUAGCUCUAGAAUUCGUUUUAUGCUGCAAGACGUUAUAGAUUUGAGAGCUAAUAAAUGGAUUCCAAGGAGAGACGAUAGUAAUCCAAAAACGAUAGAUCAAAUUCAAAAAGAAGUUGAAUCCGAAAGACUCGAUACUCAACUUACCAAUACACCGUUGAACACACCUAGAAAAGAUGAUCGCAAUGCGGAUAGAAAAAGGAAUCGAGGAUUUGGGCCUGCAGAUGAAGGUGGAUGGAGUCAACCUGUAGGUAGGACGAGGCAAACCUAUUCUGUUGAAACAGCAAAAUUAAGGCAGAAGACUACUCCCGUGGAUGAUUUAAUAUUGGGUAGUAGGAACGUAUAUAUGUGGAAGACUUCCGCAAAUAACGCUAAGACAAUAAAUUCUAAUAAAUUUGCUUGUCUCGAAAAUAUUACUGCCAUAGAACAGGAUAGGAGAAUGCCUCCGCUUCAACUUUCUGGAUCGAGAUCAACCGGACCUAGGGAUUAUGGACGGGACUACAAAUCUUCUUAUGAUGGUAGGAGUUCUCGAAACGGUAGCCAUCAAUUAAGCAGCAGUGCAUCGUCAAGUAGAGAAAGCUCAUUGUUAGAUAAUUCUCAAAGUCAAAACGUGUCGAUGCCAACACAAUCUUUGAAAUCUGCAUCACAAUCUGUGUCUAGUGGGCUGAAGCCUCCAUUGUCAGAAGAAGCGUUUACGAAAGCGUUUAAUUCUAUAUUGAAGGAUUAUUUAAGAGAACACAUCUUAGAGAACGCUAUCUCUGAUGUGAGCCAGACUUUUGAUAAUACAACAUUUACAAAAUUCGUGCGUGAGUCAAUUAACUUCGUUCUUGAAAAAUCUCCUGCCGAACGAGAACGAGUUUCACGACUUAUGUCACAAUUGAUUGCUCGAAACAUUUUACCCUUACAACAUUUGAAAGCAGGGUUCAGCGAAGUUCUAGAAUUUGUGGAUGAUCUAAUUAUUGAUAUUCCAAAGAUUUGGACUUACCUUGCAGAAGUAUUAACUCAUCCAAUAAAAGACGAAGUAAUGCCAUUAUCUGAAAUGGGCAGUAUAUUUGUAAGUUUAAGAAAUCAAGGUGGUGCAGGAAAACUUCUCGGAGAGUUAUUAGCGAAAUUAUCCCAAGAAAAAGGAUCCAAAUGGGUUGCAGAUAAGUGGGACCAAAGCAGACUUCCAUUGAACGAUAUUAUCGAUCCGGAAAGAGAGAACAUUGACAAGAUUGCUAAGGAAUAUCAUUUAGAGUUCCUGAUUGGAGAUUAUAAUAGUGCCAAAAGCUCUAGCAGUGACGAGCUUAGUUUACAACAGAUUCAUGAACAACUGAAAAGGCUUAUGAAAGAGAAUACUUUUGAUGAAAUAAGUAGUUGGAUAACAGAAAAUGUUGGUAGUAGAGUUAAGGAUCCUAAAUUCAUAAGGACAUUAAUGACUGCCAUUUUAGAAACGUCCAUAGUACCGUUUAAUGAAACGUGGAAGUUAAAUGAGCACAUAUUCAGCAAUUUGCAAUUAUUAAUUCAUCGAUUCGUCGAUACUGAUGAAGUACUAGAAUUGCAAUGCCUUUACGCUAUUCAAGCACAUAUGACAAAAAUCGAGUUUCCAUGCGGUAUAUUAAGGAACAUAAUAAACAAAUUAUCAGGGGAUAAUAUUAUUUCCUCUGAUGCAUUCUUGGCAUGGCAGAAAGGUGAAGAUCCGGCAGAACAUGAAGGCCAUAGUGUAGCUAUCAUGACGCUGACGGCGUUCUUCAUUUCUUUACAAGAAGCCGAGGAUAGUUCCAGUGUCGAAGACGGCCCAAGCAAUGUGAACUCCGAUACCUUUUGACGGUGCAUCGUUUUAGAAGGAAUACGAGCUGGGCACUUUUUAUUCGAAUAAAAGAUAAAUAAACAGUUAUUUACAGAUAAUACAAGUUCUUCAAAUAACUGUUAUUUUGAUAGUUAUUUGAAAUAACGGUCUUAUCUAAACUAAACUAAUUUUCAGAAAAAAAUCAAAUAACGCGAGAGAUUUCAAAUAAUCAUCGUCAAUUAUUCAAUUAAUUGAUUAGGAAAACGCGGUAGUAUUUUUCCAGUUUAUUUUUAUUUAUUUAUUUUUUUUUUGUCUUAUUUAAACUUUAAACCAUUUCAAUGAAUUAUAUAUAAUAAUUAUCUUGCAUUUAUCUCUGUAUCAUAAUUAAUAAUUAAUCUUUAUCUUCAUUAUGUAUAGCGUAUUUCAAAUAUAGUCAUUAUGUAUCCGUUUGUAUCUGACAAUCUUCUUUUAUUUUCUGGCUUUUAUAUCGUACCAUGAAAUUCUAGACUAUAUAUGUAUAUUACAUAAUUCGCGCACAACUACACUCAAUCGUUUUUCAGCAUUUUCUAUUUAAAACAACAAAAAAAAGAAAAGAAAGAAAUAAAUGCGCUAUUGAUCCUCAUAAUUUGCUCAUAAACGCGGAAAUUUUUUAAGUCUUUUUAAUGCAGUAGAGUCUUAUCUUUUAUUAAAUCUUCUCAAUAAUCCAAAGUUCUUUUCAGAGCUAAACGUUUUAGAGAUAACUAAUUAAUAAAAUAAACAAUCUCAAAUAAUCGUUGUUAUUAUCAAAAUUCGAAAUAUUGCGUUUAAAUAUAAAUUUGCGAUUUAAUAAUUAAUUUUACUAUUAAAAAGAAUCAUUUUCUUUUAUCAUUAAAUAAUUUUACCAAAUGAUUUAGUUAUCUAUUAUUUGUUUGGAUGUUAAAACGAAUCAGGCAUUAAUCUUUUUAAGAUUAAAAGAGAUUUUUAUAUUUUUAAUAACAAUAUAAAUUAAUGUUAUUUAUAUAUGUAUUGCUGAUAGAAUAAGAUCCAAACAUCGUCACUAUUUCGAUCCGUUUGUAUAACACAUUUGUAUAUAGAAAGCAGAUCAUUGAAAUCGAUGCAAGAUAAUUAUUAUAUAUAAUUCAUUGAAAUGGUUCAAAAUUGAAAUAAAGAAAGAAAAAAAAAUAAAUAAAUAAAAGUAAGCUAAAAAGAUACUAACGUAUUUCUUAUAAUAAUCUCGCAAAGUGUUUCUGAAGUAUGAUGUUGAUCACACAUAAUGGAACUGAAAAUAUGUUGUCUUAUUAUCGAGAUCAGAAAACUGUACGAGUUGUGUUAUAUUUCUAUUUACACCAAACAAACAAAGAAACACCGCAAAAGCAACCAAAGUGCUACACAAGAUUUAGGUAACAAAUAAAAGAAAAAAAAUAAAUAAAUAAAUAAACCAGCCACGAGUGGGUCAAUUUUAAGUGAAGAGAAUUUCAAAGAUUACGAAGCUCUGAUGAUAGAUAAUCAAGUCUGAUGAUACGAGUAUUGUGGUUCUUCCUAUUAUUAUAAACGAACGUACACACACACAGAAUUAAUAAUUUAUAUCUUUGCAAAUAAGAAACGUAUCGUAAGAAGAAGAAGAAGAAGAAAAAGAAGAAAGAAGAAAGAAAAAGAAGAGAGCAGUUCAAACACGGUAGGAUGAAGGGAAAAAAUAAAAAAGUGAAUAAAAACAUACAUAAAAAAAAAAAAAUUUAGGACUUAUAGCCUAGGAAAGUGUACCGAAAAAAUAUAAUGGAAGAAGAUGAUAUAAGUGGUGUGCAUAUUAAGGCGCUAUUUUUUAACACUAGCUAUUUACAAUCUUUAAAAGAGAGCAAAGUGUAGUGUAUGGGAAUGAAUCGUUUGUGCAUGUAUCCAUGUGACACACAAACAACACAGGUGCCGCUGGGAAUUGUAUAAAAUUAUUACUUAUAUCGAUUAUAAUGAUACAAUGUGCAAACUGAUUUUCUCAUUAAAAUAUACCUUAUUCGUAUAAAAAGAAAAGUAGAAUGAAUCGGCUGACUUGAACUUAUACAUAAUAAUAACUCCAUUGGAACGAUUAUUCAACACGAAAAUACGUAUGUUUUGUCAAUAUUGUUGUCUGCUUACAACUUGUCUAUAUCUGUAUGCAAGAAAAGCGUGAUUGCUUCAAGACACAAUCGAGACGGAUAUAUACUUAAUAACGAGAGAAAAAAACAAGAAAAUCGAAUGUGCUUUUCCAUUCCUAAAAAAGAAAAAAAAUAUAUAGUUUAUUUUAAAUCAGUUUUCUACGAUUUGACUUUCUUAAAUAUGUGCACGUUCUAACGAAAGGACGUGAGACUAUAACUUUAAUUAUCUUAGGAUAUAUAUAUAUAGUACGAAUAAUCGAAUGUUCAUAUAAUUAAAUACGUUGUACAUAAUACUUCGUUGGAAAUAAGAUUCCACGAUGAUGCACGCAUCAGAGAGAGAGAGAGAGAGAGAGAGAGAACGAGAGAGAGAGAGAGAGAGAGAGAGAGAGAGAGAACGAGAGAGAGAAGAUGUUUAAUAUUAAGAACGGCAGUAAUUGUCAUUGUUAACGAUAUAUAUAUAUAUAUAAAAAAAAAACAACAAGGAUUAUGUUCUAUUUGUCAUUUAUAGUGUUUCAAACGUAUAUGAUAUCCCUUUUUCGCAUGGCGGUACUCUUAUAAGUUGAUUUUUAUUUUGCCAAUGUAAUUUGUGUAACUUUGUGUAUGAGGACCGCGCAUGCGUAAUUGUUAUAAAUUAAUCAUUUUUGGCAAUCUUUUUUUCUAUAUUUUUUUUCUUUUUUUUUUUUUUUUUUUUUUAAUAUAAUGUUAAUACGUUUUCCAUAGAUAGAUAUAUCAUAUAGAAAAUAAUCAUAAUUUGUUUGUUACCGUUAAAAGUGAAAAAAGGGGACGCGAGUGAGAGUAGAGUGAGAGAAAGAGGGAAGGAGGGAGAGAGAGAGAGAGAGAGAGAGAGUAUGAAAGUGAGACGAAAGAUGCGAUUCUUGCUCUUGUUUUCUUUUUCUUUUUUCUUUUUUUCUUGUCCUGCUGUAUAAACAAUGAACGAAUGAAACGAAGAAACGAAGCAAAUUUAAAAAUGAUCGACAAGAAAUUAGCAUGAUUAAAACUCUGAUAAACGUGUCUCUCCUUGAAUGAAGACAUUCUACUUUUACAUAGCAGAAUGUAUCGUUUGACGAGAUGAAAAUGUAUAAUGCACUUUGAGAAAGAGAGAGAGAGAGAGAGAGAGAGAGAGAGAAAGAGAGAACGAUAGAUAAAUAAAAUUACACUAAUUUAUAACUAAUUAAAGUAUAAACGCGCGUUAUUAACGCGUGGAUAAGUGAAUGCUCCGAGAGAGAGAGAGAGAGAGAGAGAGAGAGCGAGGAGAGAGAGAGAGAGAGAGAGAAAA